AUUACCGCCAAAAAAAAAAAAAUCCGACCCUCGUACGUGUGUGGAGCCCGUCCCCCUUUUUUUUUUUUUUUUUUUUAGUGUAAACCCCCCGCAUACAAUCAUUUUAUUGGCACGGCAGUUUACUUCAGGGAAAUGAGUAUGGGUUUUCGGGCGUGAGAGCAGGAAGCGGCUGCCGUAGGUUCUUCUACUCCCAGCUCGGCCUAGUGCCUCGUCUCCGGGUUCUGUGAGAUAAAGAUGGCCGCCGUGCUGCCGCUGCAGGAAGAGGAGGCGGCGGCGGCCGAGCGCUGAACUUACGGCCGGAUCAGGAACCCUGCACCAUCAUGACACUUAAUAAUACUGCACUACAGCUUCAAAUCAUAUGUUAAAAUACUUAACAUAAGCAAAAUAAUUGGAACUACAAAUAAGCCAUUUCAGAGAGUGUUUCCACAGCAGGUAUUCCCACCUGUACUAUUCUUGAAGACUGCUAUUAAUUGCACUAUGGCAAGUAAACGGAAAUCCACAACACCAUGCAUGGUGCUCGCAAGCGAGCAAGAUCCUGAUCUGGAAAUGAAUUCCGAUGCAGAUGAAAGGCCUCUUCAUCCUACGCCAGUAGAAAACACUGCUCCUGAGAGCUCUUCAAGUGAAGAUGAUGUGUUAGAACCCAAUGAUUCAGACAAUCAGCAAAAUAUAACCGUCAAAGGUGGUUAUGAAUGUAAAUAUUGUUCUUUUCAGACUCCGGAUUUAAAUAUGUUUACUUUCCAUGUUGAUUCAGAGCACCCUAAUGUAGUACUAAAUUCUUCCUAUUUUUGUGUGGAGUGUAACUUUCUAACGAAGCGGUAUGAUUCUCUUUCUGAGCACAACAUGAAGUACCAUCCUGGAGAAGACAACUUUAAGUUAACCAUGGUCAAACGCAACAACCAGACAAUUUUUGAACAAACCGUUAAUGAUUUAACAUUUGAUGGCAGUUUUGUUCAAGAGGAAAACCAGGAACAGGAUGAGCCUAGCUCCCCAGGAAUAUCAAUUAGCAAAACGCCAAUCAUGAAACUAAUGAAGGAUAAGUCUGACAAGAAGCGGAUCACAGUAUCUCAAAACGCAGGUGAUGACAGUGUAGAGGACACUGAUGCAAAAAGAGAGAGUGACCAAAAGGUGAAACUGCAAGAAGAGACAGAGAAAAUGGCACCUACACAUCUUUUAGAACCAGCUAACGCCGUUAAUAACAUUAUCACUAAUGCUCCAGAACUCAUUAAUACUGUUGUAACUCCGGCUAAUGUUCUUCAGUCUGGGCUUGCGCAAGUUAUCACAACUCUUCAGGCACAACAGAAUUGUAAUAUAGUUUCUAAAGUCUUAAUACCUGUCAAUAGCAUUCCCAGCUACAAUGCUGUGAUGGACAAUAAUGCCCUAUUAGUCAGUGCUUACAACAAUUUUCCCUACCCUACAGUCUCAGAAAUUAAAUUUCUUACUUCUCAAACCAAAUUCACAGAAGAGCAAGUGAAAAUUUGGUUCUCUGCACAACGCCUCAAGCACGGAGUCAGUUGGACACCUGAAGAAGUGGAAGAUGCACGACGUAAGCAGUGUAACGGUACAGUUCAUACCGUCCCCCAGACAAUUACAGUGAUUCCUGCUCAGCUGUCCUCUGGUGCCAAUGGUUUGCCUUCUAUUUUUCAAACGUGCCAAAUAGUAGGUCAGCCAAGUCUUGUUCUCACCCAGGUUGCAGGCACAAAUGCAUUACCUGUGACCACACCAAUAGCGUUGACUGUCGCUGGUGUUCCAAACAAUGCCCAGCUGCAGAAGGCUCCACUGCCCACCACCCAAACAGCUUCAGAAACAAAACGGGUGUUGACUAUCCCUGCUCCUCAAAUUCCUAAGCAAGAACAGACUGGGAUGGGUGGUGAUUGUGGUAUGCGUUCAAAGAAAACAAAGGAACAGUUGAAUGCACUAAAAAUUAGCUACUUAAAAACCCAGUUUCCACAUAAUUCUGAAAUUGAACGCCUCAUAAAACUGACAGGCCUCACAAAAGGGGAGAUUAAAAAAUGGUUUAGUGAUACACGAUACAACCAAAGGAAUUCAAAGGGUAGUCAUGGUAUUCAUUUCACAAGUGAUGGUGGUGGCAUGAUUUUUGAUUCUGGUGAUGAAACCAUAGACUCUCCUACUCUCGUGCCGCCACCGCAACGCAGCAGGCAAACUUGGAAUCCUUUCCCAGAUUUUACACCUCAGAAGUUUAAGGAAAAGACUCCAGAACAACUUGAUGCUUUAGAGGAGAGUUUUCUGAAAAACUCUGUACCUACGGACGAGGAAGUCAACAAAUUAAGGGUUCAGACUAAACUAACAAGAAGAGAAGUUGAUGCCUGGUUCACGGAGAAAAGGAGAUCUACAGGUAUAAAGGAGGAAGCAAGUGACCUUAAUGAAAGUACCGCAGCUACUACUAUAAAAGAAGAAGUGGAUGCAAAUUCUUUGGAAGGUGAUGCUAUUGGUAAUAAGUCAGGGGCAAUGUUUUCUGUAAAACUUGGAAAAAAGUCCCCAGAACAGUUGCACAUCCUUAAAAGUGCAUUUGUGGUUUCACAGUGGCCAUCUGCUACCGAAUAUGAUAAGCUGGCAGAACAAACUGGACUUGCUAGAAGUGACAUUGUGGGAUGGUUCGGAGACACAAGGUAUGCGUGUAAGCAUAACAAUCUAAAAUGGUUCUACCAAUAUCAAGGGCAGAACCAGAACAUUAUGAAUGGCCAAACCUCCACUAGAAAAAGGGGCAGAGGAAGACCAAGAGGAAGGGGGAGGGGACGAGGUCGUCCAAAGGGUCCUAGAAGGACAAAUAACUGGGAGAGGAUAACGGUGCCAAAGCAAAAAAGUGGGAAGGCAUUGCUAAAGGACUACUAUCUGACAAACAAUUUCCUUAAUGAGGAAGACCUCGAUGAAUUGGUUGCAAAAUCUCACAUGGGCUAUGAGCAGGUGAGGGAAUGGUUUGCAAAAAUACAUCAAAGAGAGGAUGCUGGUCUGGAUGCCUUCGAUGAAGAGGAAGAAGAUGAGGACUUUCUGGAUGACCAAGAUGAAGAGGAAGAGAAUGAAGAUACUGAUGAUAGUGAUACCUGGGAGCCCCCAAGACACGUUAGGCGCAGACUUUCUAAAAGGGAUGAUUGAUAUACUUCCCGUUACUGUGAGUGGAGUUCCUCUUCUCUUUAUCGAAAAACCAAGAAACACAGAGGAUGCUGACUUUGGAGAACGACGGAACUCUGCGAUGUGCCAAAGUCACUAUUUGGCAGUCCUAGGACUUCACUGUAAAUAGAACUAUGUGGGCAGCACAUAACCUGUACAAUUCAGAUUUUAAUACAUUUUUACAACGUUCUUUCUUUUGUCUUGGAUAGUUGUAUUUUAUGUGGGGGGUAGGGAUCUAGAAUAGCGGAUAAAACAAUGACCACUCGUUUUUUGUUCUAUCAUUAUUACAUUUUCUUUUGUCUAGUGUAGUUAUGUUUGAGAGACGAGUUUUGCUGCCUGUGUCCUUUGUUCUGGAAUUUGCUUCAAGCUUUGCAGAACAAAAAGAGCUACAUGUCCCUGAACUACAAGAUCCUCGGCUCUAUGUCUCUGCCGCUUCGCCUUUAGACAACGUUUUUGAAUUUCCCACUAAAAACCCCAUUAUCGGUAGAGCUCUGUGAGCUCCGUUCACAUUAAACGUUUGAACAUUUUUCCAGAUCGGAUCAUGGUUUUUACCCUGUGUAGCGACUUUAUAUUCUGUCGGUGGCUAAAUGGAUUUUUGCAGGGGUUUUCCAGUGGUGUUUAUUGUGAUUUUAUAGCACUGCUUUGCAAACUAACUCUGCUAAUAGAAAUCUUGCAGCUACCAAUAAAACCGGUGAACUCGA